GACUUGUCCUAUAGCAUCGCACUAGUGUAGCUGGAUUGUUGUGCUCUUUGUCUCUUUUGGAAGUCAUCUGGCCCAUUGAUGAGAUGCUGUUCUAAUUGCCAGGAGAGGAAUACACUUCAUUAUGCACUGAAGGACUCACACAAUAGCCAACAGCCUCAUUGUCCACAGUUGGGCUACACAUUUGAGUACAUGUAGCUGAUAGCUUGAUGCGAUGCUGGGCUGCUGAGGACACAUCUAUUAUGAAGCCACUCCUGGCCUUGAUGUUGUGAGAAUGAGUUCUGGCUGAUCUAAUCAUAACAUGCUAUCUAGUCUGUACUGUGCACAUCGUGAAUCAAACUGACGGACUGUAGGAUAGAAACAUUGGAGGAAUUUUAGCUGCUGGAUAAGAAUAAUAAUAUCACCGUUUAUCUUGUUGUUUUACAUGUUGGAGGUCCUAGUGAGUUUAGUUAAUGUGAUCCAUUGCAUUCAAGCUAAAGACGUGCAAGGUGCUACAUGAGUAGGCUGUGGAAUACCAUUAGAUCAAGGAGAAGCAGUGAAGAGUUCAAAUGCAACCUACUAAGUCCACUUGAAGUCUUUUCGAGUAAAUGCACUACUUUUCAGCUUAGUGUCAAUAGUGAUGACUUAUCACAUGAAUUUUAAGAGGAUCUUGCAAGUUUUCAGUGAAACAGUUUGUUAUUGAGAUCAGCGGAACUGUCAGAUUCACUUCAUCAUAAUUGGUCCAUUGUUUUAGAAUGGCUUCUAGCAGCUUUUGCAUCUGAACACUUUAUAUGCUCCCUAGCGCCUACUGAUGAUAAAAGCUUUCUUGGAUGCGGGAUCAAAUCGUUGUUUAUCGGACGUUUUCAUCUGGACAUUUUAAACUAGUGUUUAUUUACUGUUAUGAGAUGGAGGACUCCCAGGAAUGUGUUUUUGUGGAAUGUUGGACCGAGGAGACAACAAUGCGUGGCACGGUUGUAAUGGACUCUCCAUCGGUUGAGAUCCUGCGUGACGAUCUCAACUUCAUCCAAAACGUCUCACAGUUCUUCAACCAACAGUCCCUCAGUGACGUCGUCUUGAAAAUCGGCGACCAGCGAUUCUAUGGUCACAAAUUCGUCCUCGCCAAAUCCAGCGAUGUCUUCAGGACGAUGCUUUACGAGCGGCCAUGGUCACGCAACAUCACGGAGGAGGUCGAGCUGAAUGAAUCUCCCGAGUGCCAGGCGGUCUUUGAUAUCUUCCUGCGGUAUCUCUACACAGCCGAGCUGGCCAUUUCAACUGAUUCUGCCGUAGGCGUUCUAUGCCUGGCAGAUAAAUACAACGUCGGCUCACUCAAAGAUUUGUGUGUCAAAUACAUGAUCGAACAUUCCAAGAGUCCACGCGUCAACAAUGCCUUGGCGUGGUACCCCUGGUCUAAGGCGCUACACCUCUCCGAGCUGUUUGAGAGAUGCUUUCAGUGCAUCUGUUGGAACACCCAUGAAAUUAUCUCUUCCCCUGAGUGGGUCAAUAUGGACAUGGAAUUUCUCUCUGAUAUCUUGCUCUCCUCGCAGCUGAUUGUGCCUGACGAGUAUACGUUGUUUGAGGCGGUGGUCACUUGGCUUCAGCAUGAUAAUCAUAACCAAGAAAUGACAGAAUACUCUAGUCGCUUGAUGCCGUUGAUCCGCUUCCCACAGAUGAUGGUCGGACAGUUGUAUCAGAUCGAACACCAUGAACUCACCUCUCAGACAGAAUGUGGCGAGCUCAUCCGAGAGUUGAUUGGACGGGCUUAUCGCUUCCGUGCUCUCUGUCCAUCGCAGACUGAACUCUCGGUGAGCUUUAGUGAAAACUUCUUCAUGCCCCGAGACUACUCCCGCCUGUCUGUAGACAAUGUCCGCAUGACGAAUACCCUGCGCUUUGGUAUCCAGGUCGAUGUCAAAAUGUACGUCGGGCCAGUACCAAAUGAGAAACGGGACGGUGAUUGGAAAAUUACGUACAGAAAGAAUGGUGAUGUCUGGUCAUUACAGAUAUAUUGUCAUGAGUCAGCCAUGGUUCAAAAUGAGGCGAAAUUUCAGGCGACAGUCAUGGUGUUCAAUGAAGAAGAGAAGGUGGUCCAGGUAGAGCGUCCACCUGUAUAUGUCUGUUCCCGUGGCAACCAUCAAAAUGUUACGCUGACCAUCGAUGAGCCUGAACUUUCUAAGACCAUGGGUGUUAUAAUCAAGCCAAUGGCAAAUUAGCUGUAGAGGUGAAAGAAGACACUGUUAAUGAACUCCCUCAGUUCCAUUCCUAUGGCUUUUAGGACAGACUGGCAACCAAAAAUCGGAAGUGCUCAUGAAAUAUUUCGCUACUUUGAUAGCUGCUUUGAUAGCUUUUUCACAAUGAGAGACUAUUGUUUGGUGUAAGGUUCUUGGAACAUUGUCAAACAUUUCAAAUAGACUUCAAACUAUGAUCUGGAACUUUGAAAUUGUUCACAUUCCUGAAUGUUUGCUUCUGAUUGAGCUUUUUUAAGUUGUGGGUGAGACAUGACUUUAAGCUUGCUUACAAGGGAUCAGGUUAAAAUAAUCUAAAGACCAUGAAGACUGGGAGUUGCUGCCAGGUGGCAUCGUAUGACUCAUCUUGGUAGCUUACUAAAUGCAUAAUGCGGUAGUACAAUGAGAACCUUCCUCUUCCACUUCUUCCAAUUGAGUGCUUUCCUCGUUACUAGAGUAUAAUCUACCUGUGGUGCUCAAGAAGUGAAUGUCAGGUUGUCUUUAUACUCUAGGCGACUGGAUUCAGCAGAUGUGUACCCUCUCAGAUUAAAUGUCAUUUCCCACCGGUGUAACCUUUCAUUUCCUUUCUAAAUUGGUUUUGUUGCACACGUUUUUUUGUACAUUAAUAAAUUUGAGACUCAGGACAAACACUCGAUGGACCUCGAUUGUGUGAUUUUUGUGUAAUUGCACUUAUGAGUGUUACUGACCUGAAUAAUUGGGUCAGGUUACUUAGAACUGAAAGGCUGAUAAAGACUUAUAAAAACUCACCGAAUCCAAUCAGGAGAGAAAAACUUACUAUGCAUGAAGGUUUAGCUUGUUAUCUGUACUUGAUAUGGCACAUGUUACAGUGCAAUUAGAGUUAUUGGCACUAAACAGUGCAUCAACCACUUUGCAUGUGGAUUUCAUUAGAUAACGCACAAAGUGGUUUGAACUCGAAAGCUAGCUAUUAGGUUUGACGUUAGGUAUUGCAUUUUAGUAGUAACUUAUUUGUUGUCAGUUUUUCGCAGGCAGAGUUAAAAUGAGUUUCAUUUUGAGUAAGGGACCAGUUUUUGCUUGCUGUGCACUCAAGCCAAAUCACUUGCCAGUGUAUACUAGCAUAUCAGUAAGUCUUCACAUCCAGAAGACAUCAACCGCUGACUGAUCCGGCAUGCAAAAUGAAAGAUAGUGCACACUGCUAACGUGCAUUUUUAAAAGCAGGAAAUGAUAAGUGUGCACCUUUGUUCCUCGUGAGACGUAAGCUGUUAGUAUAUUAGGAUUUUGUUUUGCUCCAGCUGGUGACAUGAAGAAUGUGACUCUUGAUUGUAGACAUUGUGAGGUGUUCUCAAAGGAACUUCACUUUAAAUCUCUUUAGUGAUCCAUGUUUUAUGGUGUAUACCUGUAGAAUGGACCUGUGGCAUAUAUCUGAUGGAGACACUCUUUAUUUCCUGAAAACAUUCCAACUCGUUAAAAAGUUGUGGUCUAUAAUGUGGCUCCCCAAACAUUUCUGCUGGAGGGCCAAUUCACUUCGCUGUAAAUAAGUAACUGCAAUGUCUUCAAUGGUUAUGAUAUUGUAACGUAAUUCAACUUAAAGCGGGGCACACAAAGCGAUUUAAGUCGCUGUGACAGAGCCAUUCCAACCACAAGCGUCACGUUGGCUUGACUCUGUUGCAUCGACAAAAAUGGCUCGCUUCAGUAGAUUUGGUUUUCUUGACAGAAUGGCCAGUUAAAGGAAAGCUCAGAUUGUAUCCAAAAUAAAGUAGUAUUCUGCAA